UCUGCCUACGGAAGCCGGGACGCCGGCCGCGUUUCUGUGGUUUCCUACAACUGCAACCUGGCGGUGGUGCUGGAAUGUGGUGGGCUUUGGGGACCUGACGCUCAGUGAGUUGGUCUCAGAUCAGCCUUUUCGGCAAAAAAGUGGCCGCACGGCGAACUGAUUGGUCAAAAGAAUGGAUUUCACAGAGGCUUACUCGGACACGUGCUCUACAGUUGGACUUGCUGCCAGGGAAGGCAAUGUUAAAAUCUUAAGGAAACUGCUCAAAAAGGGCCGUAGCAUUGAUGUUGCUGAUAACAGGGGAUGGAUGCCCAUUCAUGAAGCAGCUUAUCACAACUCUGUAGAAUGUUUGCGGAUGUUAAUUCAUGCAGAUUCUUCUGAAAACUACAUUAAGACAAAGACAUUUGAGGGCUUCUGUGCAUUACAUCUCGCUGCAAGUCAAGGACAUUGGAAGAUUGCACAGAUUCUUUUAGAAGCUGGGGCAGAUCCAAAUGCAACUACUUUAGAAGAAACCACGCCAUUGUUUUUAGCUGUUGAAAAUGGACAGAUAGAUGUGUUAAGGCUGUUACUUCGACACGGAGCAAACGUUAAUGGAUCCCAUUCUAUGUGUGGAUGGAACUCCUUGCACCAGGCUUCUUUCCAGGAAAAUGCUGAGAUCAUAAAAUUGCUUCUUAAAAAAGGAGCAAACAAGGAAUGCCAGGAUGACUUUGGAAUCACGCCUUUAUUUGUGGCUGCUCAGUAUGGCAAGCUAGAAAGCUUGAACAUACUUAUUUCAUCAGGAGCAAAUGUUAAUUGUCAAGCCUUGGACAAAGCUACUCCCUUGUUCAUUGCUGCUCAAGAGGGUCACACAAAAUGUGUAGAACUUUUGCUGUCCAGUGGAGCAGAUCCUGAUCUUUACUGUAAUGAGGACAACUGGCAGUUACCUAUUCAUGCAGCUGCACAAAUGGGCCAUGCAAAAAUCUUGGACUUGUUAAUACCACUUACUAACCGGGUCUGUGACACUGGACUGGACAAAGUGAGCCCUGUUUACUCUGCAGUGUUUGGAGGACAUGAAGAGUGCCUGGAAAUAUUACUCCAGAAUGGCUACAGCCCAGAUGCCCAGAUGUGCCUAGUCUUUGGAUUUAGUUCUCCCAUGUGCAUGGCUUUCCAAAAGGACUGUGAGUUCUUUGGAAUUGUGAAUAUUCUUUUGAAAUAUGGAGCCCAGCUAAAUGAACUUCAUUUGGCAUACUGCCUGAAGUAUGAGAAGUUUUCAGUAUUUCGCUACUUUUUGAAGAAAGGUUGCCCGUUGGCACCAUGGAACCAUAUAUCUGAAUUUAUAAAUCAUGCAGUUAACGCACAGAUAAAAUAUAAGGAAUGGUUGCCACAUCUCCUACUUGCUGGAUUUGACCCAUUGACUCUACUGUGCAGUUCUUGGAUUGACUCAGUCAGUGAUGACAUUCUCAUCUUCACUUUGGAAUUUACUAAUUGGAAGAAACUUCCUCCAACUGUUGAAAAGAAGCUCUCCGAUCGUGCCUCAAACUCCUCUUGGUCUCUACAGCAAAGGAUUGCUGCUGUUCCGUCCCUAACACAUCUUUGUCGUUUGAAAAUUCGGUCCAGCCUAAAGCCAGAGCACUUACGAUCUGACAGUUUUAUCCAGCAGCUGCCACUUCCCAGAAGCCUGCAGAGUUAUUUGCUCUAUGAAGAGGUUCUGAGGAUGAAUGAGAUUCUGGCUGGAACCACUCAUGAUGGAGAAGUGAGUGGGAGCAACUUAGCACAGCUCAUGGGAAGCCAUCAAGACAAAAGAACUGUGGAAUGCAAAAGUAUUUAUGAUUUAUAGGCACAAAAGAUGAUUUUUGUUUGUAUGGUUGGUAGGUUUUGGGGCAGUAGUAAAUGUGAAUGUUCACAAAUGGGCUUAGUAAAAACACAUAGUGAACAUCACUGAUGCUACUUUAUUGCAGUUCAUCACCAGUGCACUUUGUGUUGUAAUAUUUGUUUACCUGACCAUUUUCUGCUUUAUUCUGAUAAUGAACUGUGAUGCUGCUUCUAGUGCUAGACAUGGCUUAUUUCUACCUAUGAUUCAUGUUUACCUGGUGCUAGGAGCUAAGAAUGGAAUGCAUAACACUUCACUGGAAGUAUAUACAACUGUGGUGUUGAAUCUAUUGUUGUUGUUGUAAUUAUCUUAGUUGGGCCUGAAUAUCUCAUAUGUUUAUUAAAGUUUUUCUAUCUUG